CGCCCCGUUCCCGCCGAGCCCGGCGCAGUCGGGCUCCAACCCGCGGUCGAGAGAGCCUGCGGGGUCGCGGGGAACGAGCCGGCGCGCGGAUCCCUCCGCCUGCGGUAUCGGUGCUGCGGCCGCGCCGCCGCCAUUUUGAAUGCCCGGCUCUGUCCGCCGCUGCUGCCGCAGGGACCGGCCUGAGGAUGCCAGCCCCCAUCAGAUUGCGGGAGUUGAUCCGGACCAUCCGGACAGCAAGAACCCAGGCAGAGGAGCGUGAGAUGAUCCAGAAGGAAUGUGCUGCUAUCCGCUCGUCCUUCCGAGAGGAAGAUAACACGUACCGAUGCAGAAACGUGGCAAAGCUGCUGUAUAUGCACAUGCUGGGAUAUCCUGCACACUUUGGACAGUUGGAGUGCCUCAAGCUUAUUGCAUCUCAGAAAUUCACAGACAAGCGCAUUGGGUAUUUAGGUGCCAUGUUGCUGCUGGAUGAGAGACAGGAUGUUCAUCUUCUUAUGACCAAUUGCAUCAAGAAUGACCUUAAUCACAGCACGCAGUAUGUGCAGGGGCUGGCACUUUGUACUCUUGGCUGCAUGGGUUCCUCAGAAAUGUGCAGAGACCUUGCAGGAGAGGUGGAAAAGCUCCUCAAAACUUCCAAUUCGUAUCUUAGGAAGAAGGCAGCGCUGUGCGCUGUCCAUGUCAUCAGAAAGGUGCCUGAACUUAUGGAGAUGUUCCUGCCAGCCACCAAAAACUUGCUGAACGAGAAGAACCACGGUGUUCUUCACACAUCAGUUGUCCUCCUUACAGAGAUGUGUGAGAGAAGCCCAGACAUGCUUGCACACUUUAGAAAGAAUGAAAAGCUUGUUCCCCAAUUAGUUCGUAUUCUGAAGAACCUUAUCAUGUCUGGAUAUUCACCAGAGCAUGAUGUGUCUGGGAUCAGUGACCCCUUUUUGCAGGUACGAAUCCUGCGGUUACUAAGAAUUUUAGGAAGAAAUGAUGAUGAUUCUAGUGAAGCAAUGAAUGAUAUACUUGCACAGGUUGCCACUAAUACAGAAACAAGUAAAAAUGUGGGAAAUGCCAUUCUCUAUGAAACUGUGCUGACUAUUAUGGAUAUAAAAUCUGAGAGCGGCCUGAGAGUCUUAGCCAUUAACAUCCUAGGCCGUUUCUUAUUAAACAACGACAAAAAUAUUAGAUAUGUAGCUUUGACGUCCUUGUUGAAAACUGUGCAGACAGACCAUAAUGCAGUACAGCGGCACCGAAGCACCAUUGUGGACUGCCUGAAGGAUCUGGAUGUCUCCAUUAAAAGGCGUGCGAUGGAACUGAGUUUUGCUCUUGUUAAUGGGAACAAUGUCCGUGGAAUGAUGAAGGAGUUACUGUAUUUCCUAGAUUCUUGUGAACCAGAGUUCAAAGCAGACUGUGCAUCUGGAAUAUUUCUUGCAGCUGAAAAAUAUGCUCCUUCCAAGCGCUGGCACAUAGACACAAUUAUGAGAGUCCUAACAACGGCAGGAAGUUAUGUUCGGGAUGAUGCUGUUCCAAAUCUGAUCCAGUUAAUAACUAAUAGUGUGGAGAUGCAUGCCUACACUGUGCAGAGACUCUACAAAGCCAUCCUUGGAGAUUACUCCCAGCAACCCCUGGUACAAGUUGCCUCCUGGUGCAUAGGAGAGUAUGGAGAUCUUCUGGUGUCUGGUCAGUGUGAAGAGGAGGAGCCAAUACAGGUAACAGAGGAUGAAGUUCUUGAUAUUUUAGAAAGCGUCCUGAUAUCUAAUAUGUCUGCAUCUGUGACACGAGGCUAUGCUCUCACUGCCAUCAUGAAGCUUUCCACAAGGUUCACCUGCACUGUCAAUCGCAUUAAGAAGGUAGUUUCCAUCUAUGGCAGCAGCAUUGAUGUGGAGCUACAGCAGAGAGCUGUGGAAUAUAAUGCACUUUUCAAGAAAUAUGAUCACAUGAGGCCAGCACUGCUUGAGAGAAUGCCAGUAAUGGAGAAGGUCACCACAAAUGGCCCUGCUGAGAUUGUACAGACCAACGGAGAAACAGAGACAGCAGUACUGGAAACCAAGCCCCCACCCUCUGGAUUGCAGCCUGCUAACCAGGCAAAUGAUUUAUUGGACUUGUUGGGGGGAAGUGAUAUAACACCUGUAAUUCCCACUGCACCUCCAAGCAAGCCAGCCUCUGGUGGGGAGCUGCUUGACCUCCUGGGAGACCUCAACCUAACAGGUUCUCCAGUAGCUGCCCCUGCACCCCAGAUAGCACAGCCUCCGUUCCUGCUCGAUGGACUUACUCAGCCUCUCUUCAAUGAUAUUGCUGCAGGAAUCCCCUCCAUUACUGCAUACAACAAGAAUGGGCUGAAGAUUGAGUUCACCUUUGAGAGGUCAAACACCAACCCUAGUGUCACUGUAAUCACGAUACAGGCCUCCAACAGCACAGAGCUGGAUAUGACAGACUUCGUUUUCCAAGCUGCAGUACCAAAGACAUUCCAGCUGCAGCUUCUGUCUCCCAGCAGCAGUGUCAUCCCUGCAUUUAACUCUGGGACCAUCACACAGGUCAUUAAAGUCCUGAAUCCACAGAAGCAACAACUACGUAUGCGGAUCAAGUUGACAUAUAAUCACAAGGGCUCAGCAAUGCAGGAUCUAGCAGAAGUCAACAACUUUCCCCCUCAGUCUUGGCAAUGAGGCUCUGGCACCAUUCUUACUCUCAUCCCACCCAAUCAAAAGAACUCUGGGAAGAAGGUUGUGAUCCUUGGCAAUCCCCCAAACUGCACCAUGGGCAUGGGGAACAAAUGAGACCUGCUGAUGAGGAGGAAUUUUCCUGAAGUGAUUGCUGACUUUGAAGCAUAUCUGUUAAGACUAAUCUCUCCUCUGCUGAUGAGGCUGGUGGCUUGUGGAGGCUACUGUGCACUCCCUCACACAUGCAUUCACAGCCAGAAGCAACAUUCCCUUCUCCCCUUCCCCACCUUCCUUCCAUCUCAAAAAGGAAUACAGCCUGGUUGGAAGAGAAGUCUGGAAUUUCUAGCAGGGAAACUUUCUUCUCUCUGCAGCAAGUGAGCAGUUGGUCCUUCUUUCUGCUGUCUUUUUUUUUCCCUAGGGUGGGUAAGGUGUCUUGUCAUUCAUUUCUAACUGGAUUCCUUCAGGCAUUUUCAUCUGGGACUCAGAUGGGGACUUGGGGAAUGUCAGGCUGCCCUGCCUCUUUCUUCUUGUAUCCCCUAGGUCUUAAGGGGCUGGAGCUUCUUAUGACCUACUCAGUGCAUUAUUGUAUACACCCACUUAGUUAUGUGCUGCAUACCAAGAGCAAGUGAGGCCUUUGGAGUUCAUCUGCAAACCUGGGACACAGUGCAGGAGAAGAGGUGCUGGUAAGAGUUGGUAAAAUUGCUUUGGUGCUGUACUUGGAAAUGAAGCCCUUAGACCUGAAUUUUUUUUUUCCUCCAUCAGUAGCCACAGCCAUGCAGAUUCAGAGUCUUCUGUAGCUUCCCCAGGAAGUGAAGUGAGUUAUGAGAGAUGUAGAGAUAAAAGGAGCAGCUGGUUUUUACCACAUACGGUUUCAAAGUCUUUCAACCCGUUAGUUGUGGUUUAUGGGUAGAAAGACACAAUUUUGUAGAUCAAUUUUUGGGCAAAGGCUUUGCUCCUGCUGGGAGACUCAUCAGAGACUAUGCUGCAAAGUUGUUCUUCCUGGUUAUUCCAGAACUUCUCACAAAUUUUAUUUCCAGAGCCUGUUGUAGACCCCCCCUGGGUUCCAUUUGAGUUACUUCUGACUGGGAUAUUUGUGUUGUAUCUGUAAUAUUGGCACUGAAAUAAAGACCAUGCAGUUUAAAGAGACCUUUUCCCAUUUUUUUUGCUUAGUUGAUCCUUGCUCCCAUUUCAGAAUAAUGUGCCAGUUGAGGUUCAGGCGGACAGUAACUAAGCUGUGUUUUGCACGGAAGGCAGUGGUUGCAGCAUUUGGGUCCAAAGAUGCAGCUCUGGUUGUUCCCCUCUGAGCUCGCAGAGAGCUGUGUUCGGGAUGGCCCUGGGCAGCUCGUGGGAGCUGCUGCAGUUUCUGGGCGGUCUUUUGGAGGUGAUGUGUAAGACAAAAGCAUAGUGUGACAAACUUCAGAUGUUGAGUGCUCUUUAGGAUAUAUCUUCAUUUGUCAGUGUGCUGGUAAGCUGAAGGUUGGGCACUUCUGCUUCAGUUCUGUUCUAGGGCUUUCCAGAUCACUGAGUGCUCUGAGGGCAAGCUUAGACAGAGCUUCUUGUGUCCACAGAAGUGCUAACACUGGGCUCCAGAACUUGCCAAAAAUACUGCAAGAGUGAUCCACAGUGUACUUAGGGAAAACUGAAGACCUGUUCUGCCCUUGAUUUGGGAGCAGGAGGCCACUAAGGGUUGUUCAGUCUGCUCUGAUCUUAACUGUAUUAAGCAAUAUAAUGUAGGACUGUCACUGAUCUAAGUGCUGGUCCACGUGUAAGUGGAGUAAAUUUAUCUUCUCUUGAAGGGUAUUUUUGCUACCCUACCGAUUGAAAUUGGUUUGGGCCUUUGGAUUAGCAAAGAGUUUUUUUUCUCCUGGAACUGGCAUCGGUGUAGGGUUAUAAAAUCUAUAAGAGCAAUGUAUGAUUUCCUUAAGAUUAACUUUGGGUUGUGGUAGGGUCAUGCCUUGGCUAUCAGUGGUGAGAUAAAUCCUGUGUUUAGAUAAAAGCAUCAUGAAGCAGGCAGUUUUGCAGGAAAUGGCUGAAUCAGGGUCCAUUUCUGGUGCUGAACAUUUAGCUUAAUUGUUUUCACUGCAGUUUUGACUAUUCAUUGCCCCACUGGCUCUAACACAACGUUGAUGACUGAGCAUGUUAAAUCCAUACCCCAGUGAGCUCUGGGGGUGUCCCAGAUGAAAAGCUAAUGGCAAGUCUUUGCCUUGGUUCCUUAACUCCUCAUAAGCUCUCCCAUUCUCUUCACAGAGUUGUACAUGUUCACUCAUACUGAAAGCCAGCAUGCCUCACUAUCCCUUUGGUUUUGCUGGAAAAGAGCACUGGUACAGGAAAUUAGAUGGGAAGGAAGAAGAAAAUGGUCUCUUGCCUGGCCAAUUUGUUGCAGCAGAGUUGGGAACAGUGUAUGUUGUCCCUCAUGUCGUGCUUGCUUUCUGUCCCCUAGAGCAGCUGGGGUUUGCUGUCUGUCUCUGGUAAGCUUGCAGGGUGAAUUCUGUGUUCUUGGCUCCUUCAGCCACCCUUGCACUGUGUCUGUGGGGAAAUGGGCAUUUUGUCAUGUGUUUGAGUCGAGCUGGAGGAGGCGAUGCGUGUACCCAAAAUAUGUUUUGCAGGAAGCCACCCCUUGACUAUGAAGAACUCUUUUGUAGCAGCCAAACAUUCCAGUUGUCCUUGGAGCUCUCCCCUCCUCACUAAGGGAUGAAUGCUGACAUUACACGAGAAGGAAGGCUAGGCGUCACGCCUU